AUUUAUAAUAAUCCACUUAAUUAUUUUGAUUUUGAAAUCUAUAUAGUUAAUUUUGAAAUCUGUUUGUCUGAUUUUAGAAUCAAUAGAUUAGUAAAUGAUUUCUAAAUCCAAAAAGAAUUUCUAAAUUCACUAAACUACUAGAACCAAUAACUCCCACUAAGAAACGUGUGUUGUGUGUUUUUUAUACUGUUCGCGGAUCCCACCGACACGUGGCAGUCUGCGAUUGGUGCGAUUUUUAAUUAUUUUCUCUUUUAGUCAGAAAAAAAAAAUAAAAUAAAAAAAAAAGCUCAAAUACACGUCAGUCUUCAUAAACUCAUGCAAGCAAACAACAAUAAAAUAAAAAAUGCUCAAAUACACGUCAGUCUUCAUAAACUCAUGCAAGCAAACAACAAUAAAAUAAAAAAUGCUCAAAUACACGUGAAAUAAAAUAAAAAAAGCUCAAAUACAACAUACCUCCAAAAUUUUUUAAUCAAAUAACAUUGUUACUCACUAAUUGAAGUCUAUAAAAAGCUGUGUUAAGAGAUGUUUUUUCAUUCACAACUCACCAGUCUCUCUUUUCCUCUUUCUCGCUCUAAAAGAUCGCUACGAUGAUGGCUUCGACUUUUCAAGAAAACUGUAUUUCAGUAAUCAACGGAGCUCCGAGUUGGGCUGUUUUCUUUCUUUUUGACCUUCUCGACAAUUUUCUCUGUAUCGUUUUCAGAUUCGUCGACCAAGUUAUGGAAGAAAAACUAGAGUCAUGCCAAUGUAGUAAUCCUCAAGAGACAUCCGGAUACGAGUUUCUUUCAGACCAUCAACACUUGUCCGAGACUCUUUACCGUAGGAGAAACAUUUUCCGACAAGCCGGUUUUCUCCGGUUUGCUAGAAAACUCCCAGAGAUCACCAAGAAAAUCGGUAUAGCUACUUUCUUGAGAAACUUCCUUUUUCCCGAGAAAAUGAAGAAAGUCCCUCGUGAGGUUGCAAACAGGUGGUCUGAUUGUGGCUGCAAGAAUUGUGUUACUUGGACUAACAACGAUAAACUUAACGUGAUUGUCAAGCAACCUUCAGUAUCUCCAGAUUUAUUGAUGAGCAACAAACCGGUGGAUAACGUUAUUUUCAUACACGGAUUCUUAGCAUCUUCAUCGUACUGGACCAACACGGUGUUCAAAUAUCUACCCGAGACCACGGAGAAAACUAACUACAGAUUCUUCGCGGUCGAUCUUCUAGGGUUUGGAGACAGUCCAAAACCUAGAGACUGUCGAUAUUCGUUGCAAGAACAUGUUGAAAUGAUCGAGAAAUCGGUUAUUUUACCAAACAAUCUGACUUCAUUCCAUGUUGUAGCACACUCCAUGGGAUGCAUCGUUGCAGUAGCCUUAGCUGCCAAAUUCUCCGGUAGUGUCAAGUCCGUCGCUUUAGUAGCUCCGCCGUACUUUGGUGAUAAAGAAGGAGCAAGUUGUGAUGCUCUUGAUGUGAUAGCCGAGAAGAAACUUUGGCCACCGACUUCGUUUUUCUCAGCGAUGAUGGCUUGGUACGAACACAUUGCACGUGGGGUUUGCUUUGUUGUGUGUAGGCACCACCGUACAUGGGAGAAGAUCAUCAAAAUUAUAACUUGGAGAAGUAAACUACCAAUGGCGAUAACCGAACUAACGAAGCACACGCAUCAGUCGUCAUGGCAUAGCAUGCACAAUGUGUUAUGCGGAGGAGCGAAAUUCACGGAUAAACACCUUGAAAGUUUGAUAAAUUCCGGUGUUAAGAUAAGUGUGGUGCAAGGGGAUAAAGAUGCUGUGGUUCCUAUUGAUUGUCUAUGGAACAUGAAAGCCAAGUUCCCGGCGGUUGAAGUUGAGGUUAUAGCCGGAACUGAUCAUAGUUCGGUGAUAAUGAGUAGAAGAGAGGUCUUUGUUGCAAACCUUGUUAAGUUGUGGGCUUCUUCCGGAAAGAAACAAAACUAGUGGAAAGUGCGUAAAAGAUUUCAACUUUAUAAUAUAUUUUCGUUUUUUAUCUUCUAAUUAAUUAGGUAUAUUGUCCUUUUUGUUACAAAAACAAACAUUUUAUUUUCCUUGAAUAAAUCCAAUUGUCAUUGUUGAAGGAGAAAGUGAGAAAUAUAAUAAGUUUUGUAAAAACAGAACAUAAUAAUCUCAAACUUUAUAUUUUCUAAAGUUUUGAUUAAGGAGACAAGUAAAUUAAAUAGGAUAUCUCAACCACUCGCACGUGUAUUAUUAGUCACACUAGAGGCUUCGUCCGCGCUACGCGCGGAAAAUGUUGAGUCUUAAUAAGUUUGAGAUUGAAAAUUUAGACGAUAGAUAUAAAUCAUGUCUUUUAGCAUAAGUAUGCGAAUAAUCUCAUGUAAACUCUUAUUCAGCAAAAAAAAAAAAAAGAUGGAAUGUGGAAAUCAUAGAUAAGAUGGUGAAAAACCGAAGAAGAGGUCGUAUGGAUGUGAUGAGAUCUCUUUGAGUGAGAGCCUGAAAUCAUUUAGAAGUAAAUCAGUGAACAUAUAUUAAUAAUAGAAAUUCGCUUAUAUAUUUCAUAGUAUAACCUUGAAGUAGUGAGAUAACAAUCAUCAAAAUGAUAUCUAGCUUUCAUCUGUUUAUGUUGAUCGCUACAACAAUGAGUACCAUAUAAAUGUGAAUAAUUAGAUAACUAAUCACUGAAAAUGUAUGGUAUUAGGUUUUAGAUUUGGAAUUUUACUUACUUUCAUGGGAACGGAGAUAGUUGAAGAUCUUUAGCUUUAAUGAUUUUUAGUGCUAAUUUGCUUGUUACACGUGAGAGGGCCACAUAGAGUUACUC